AUGCCGUUUGGUGUUACUAAUGCUCCUGCCAUAUUCAUGGACUACAUAAAUCGCAUUUUUAGGCCGUUCCUGGACAAGUUCGUGGUCGUUUUUAUUGAUGACAUCUUCAUCUACUCCAAGAGUCGUGAAGAACAUGAAGAACACUUGAGGAUGGUGCUUGGUGUAUUAAGGGAAAAGGAGUUGUAUGCCAAGUUAUCCAAGUGUGAGUUUUGGAUGAAUGAAGUGCACUUUUUGGGGCAUGUAGUUUCAGCUGGAGGUAUCUUAGUGGAUCCGGCUAAAGUACGAGCGGUCUUGGAAUGGGAGAGUCCUAGUUCGGUCACUGAGGUUAGAAGUUUUGUGGGGCUGGCAGGCUACUAUAGGCGAUUCAUUGAAGGAUUCUCUAAGAUAGUAGCGCCGUUGACGCAGUUGACCAGAAAGGAUCACCCGUUCGCUUGGACCAAUCGGUGUGAAUCCAGCUUCCAAGAACUAAAGCAGAAGUUAACGAGCACUCCAGUCUUGAUUAUUCCUGACACGACCAAACCAUUCGAAGUCUACUGUGAUGCUUCUCACCAAGAUAUGGAGGCAUUACCUGUACGGGGCUACGUUUCAAGUAUUCAGCGAUCACAAGAGUCUGAAAUACCUCUUUGA